ACUAUGCCAUGUUAAUUUAGAAUCAACGGCUGUCACCAGGUUUAGAUAUAAGUAUAAGCAUGUUAGCCGUGCACGUGGUAAGAAGAGGCAGGAUCAGGUAUCUGAGCCGCGUCGCAGCAUUCCAGCUUGUAUAGUAUGUCAACUUUUCUUAGCCACCAACACCGUCACACUCCACUCAUACGCAGAAGUCACAAUCCGACAUCAUGGACGCUGAAGAUACCAAACUUCCUGAGACGGAAACGAUUGAGACAGUCGAUACCGGCAGAACGCCGCAUGUGCCAGAUGCUCCUGGUGCUGGCACCGUACGGUUAUUAGAUGAAAAUAAUGUCGUUUUGAUUCCAACUCCAAGUCCAGAUCCAAAAGAUCCACUUAAUCUCCCUCCCUGGCGGAAGUUUAUGAUAAUCUUCAUCGUGGGUCUAUACUCUGCCUUCGCCGUAGCCACGACCUCAGGUCUUGGCGCUGUAUAUCCAGAAGUCAUGACAGCAUAUCCUGGACAAGAGACGCGAGCCACGGGCCUCUUGACCUACCCAACUCUUUUCAUGGGUAUUGGUAACUUAGUCGCGAUGCCUCUGUGCGUCGCAAUUGGCCGCCGCCCCGUCUUUCUUCUGUCCAUGGCCCUUCUGGUCGCGUCUGGAGUUUGGUGUGCUUGUUCAACUUCUUUGACCAGUCAUAUCGCUGGGCGCAACAUCUUCAGCAUGGCUGCAGGACAAUCUGAGGCUCUUGCACCCAUGAUGAUUCAGGAGAUUCAUUUUCUCCACGAGCGUGGAAGUAGGAUAGCCUGGUUCGUGGGUGUGCAGACUGUAGGGACUGCUGCUUUCUUCGUUGCAACUGUCUAUAUCGUGCCCGCAAUUGGUAUUGGCUGGUGGUACGGCAUCAUCACGAUCAUCAAUGCCGUUGUGCUAGUUCUGGCCUUCAUCUUCGUGGUUGAGACUAAAUUUGACCGCCCGCAGGACGCCAGUCAUGGCGAGGUUCAUCUGCAUCUUGAUGAGAAUGGCGAACUAAUUGCCAAGGGCGGCGAGGAACUAAUCUUCCGCGUUACUACUGCACAGAACCACAUCCUUCAACCAGAGAAAUUUGGUGCGCGAACGUGGCGUAACGACUGGAAAAUAUUCCACUGCAAGCCCGACUGGCAUGCUUGUAUUCUCUUCUACAAGGACACAGCGCUGGGUCUCUGUUUGCCUACAGUGUUUUGGCUUCUGCUGCUCAACGGUGCGUUCCUCGGCGUUUACGUCUUUCAGGCCUCGACUUUUGCUCAGAUUCUCAUGUCGCCACCGUAUCUCUUCACGUCUGCGUACUUGGGCUGGGUGCAACUAGUACAGGUUCUUGACUGUGUGAUAAUGGUGCCUCUUCUGGGGUAUGGUUCUGAUCAUAUUGUCAAGUUGAUGAGUCGCAUACGCAGAGGAAUCUAUGAGCCGGAGUAUCGUCUCAUUGCACUUGCGAUGCCAGCUAUCACUGUUGUCAUAUCAUGUGUACUUUACGGCCAGGCUGGCCAGUUCCCGACUCAAUGGCCAUGGAUGACGGUUGUGGCGCCUUAUCACCUUGGUGUUUUUUCCUUCAUGGGCGCCAACUUUGUCGGCAUUACCUAUGCGGUCGACAGCUUCCCCGAGCGAGCCGGACCUCUGCUUCUGCUCAUUUGUGCUGGGCGGGGCUUCAUCUCGUUUGGGUUGAGUUAUUCGACGGUGCCACUGACCGAUAUGAUUGGUUACAAUGGCGCCAUGAAUGUCUACGCUAUCAUCUGCGGCGUUCUAGCUGCGCUGGCCAUUCCAGCAUACUUCUUUGGUGGAACAAUUCGGAGAUGGGCAGCCAGAACAUUCUGGAGACUUACUGAGGAGGUGUGAAAGGUGAAGGUUAGGCCCAGUCUGAUGAGAUCGAGGAGUAUCCUGGUAGCAAUCCCCCAAAACCUGUAAUUUAAUCCAUGUACCUACUCCCACUAAAAGACAUUGUUGUCCUCUCAUGG